AUGGGUGUUCCAGCAUUAUUCAGAUGGCUUUCAAAAAAAUAUCCCAAAAUCAUUCAACAAGUCAUCGAGGAACGACCGAUUAUGAUAAAUGGUGUAGAAAUACCAGUUGAUACAUCAAAGCCAAAUCCAAAUAAGACGGAAUUCGAUAAUUUAUAUCUUGAUAUGAAUGGUAUUAUUCAUCCAUGUUGUCACCCAGAAGAUAAACCCACUCCUGAAACUGAAGAAGAUAUGAUUAUAGAUAUCUUUAAAUAUACCGAACGAAUUGUGGCAAUGAUACGUCCAAGAAAAGUAUUAUAUCUUGCAAUCGAUGGGGUAGCUCCUCGUGCUAAAAUGAAUCAACAACGAUCUCGUAGGUUUAGAACAGCACGAGAAGAUAAAGAAAAGGCUAAUGAAAAGACUCUAGAAAUGGUUGCACUUGAGGGCAUCAAUUGUAUUACACCAGGUACUCCUUUCAUGGCAAAACUCGCUGCAUGCUUAAGAUAUUGGAUUGCUGAUAAAUUGAAUAAUGAUGUUGGAUGGAAAAAUUUGAAAGUGAUAUUAUCAGAUGCAAGUGUUCCUGGUGAAGGCGAACACAAAAUUAUGGAUUUUAUUCGUAGUCAACGUACAAGUCCUUAUCAUGAUCCUAAUACACAUCAUGUCAUAUAUGGAUUGGAUGCUGAUCUCAUUAUGUUAUCAUUGGCUACGCAUGAACCUCAUUUUAAAGUGUUGCGUGAAGAUGUCUUCUUUAGAGAAGGCAUAUAUAAAGGAUGCUUUAUAUGUGGUCAAAAUGAUCAUAUAGCGAAUCAAUGCACAGGAAAAGCCAAACAAAAAGUAGGAGACCAUGAUGAAAAAGGUAGAGAAGUACUACUAAAGCCCUACGUAUUUCUAGAUGUGCAGGUUCUUCGUGAAUAUCUUGAGAUAGAACUCAACAUUGGACCAUUACCUUGGCCUUACAAUUUUGAAAACUCAAUAGACGAUUGGGUAUUUAUGUGUUUCUUUGUCGGAAAUGAUUUUCUUCCGCAUUUGCCUUCUUUGGAAAUUAGAGAAGGUGCUAUUGAUACACUUAUUACCAUUUGGAAAAGGUGCUUGCCAAUAAUGGGCGGAUACAUGACUACUAAUGGAAAUGUUAAUUUAAAAAGAAUGCAACAUCUAGUUACAGAAUUAGGAAAAAUGGAAGAUGAUAUUUUUAUUCGUAGGCAAAGAAACGAAUCGAGACGAAAUCAACAAAAUAAUAAUAAUGUUCCGAAAAAACGAAAAAUAAGUCACGAUCCAAUAACAAGCUAUGCUAAUCCUGGAGGAGAAGGAAGAGGAAAUGAGGAUUAUCAACAGGCGGCACAAAGUAUUGAUGAUUUGUUGACUUCUGUUAAAGGUGUUAAACGAAAAGCUGAAGAAUUUGAUGAAGAAAAUGAUAAAGACAUCGUUGUGGUAAAUGAAGAAGCUGCUAUUGUAGAACUUGGAGAACCAGGUUUCAAAAAACGAUAUUAUAAAGAAAAAUUUGAUGUUGAUAUAUCAGACGAGCCAACCGAUGAAUUUCGCAAAAACGUUGUAAAGAGUUAUGUUGAAGGAUUAUGUUGGGUUUUGAAAUAUUAUUUUCAAGGUGUUCCAUCGUGGAAAUGGUAUUAUCCGUAUCAUUAUUCGCCUUUUGCAUCUGAUUUUGUUGAUAUAGGCGAUUUGGAUAUUAAUUUUGAAUUGGGUGAACCAUUUAAACCAUUUGAACAAUUGAUGGGUGUUUUACCUGCUGAAAGAACAAAUCUUGAUUGCCCAGAUGGGUAUAUCUGUCAAUACACAAGAAGAAAUCCACUUGAAGUUUAUGUGGAUGUAAAUAAUUUUGGUAAAUCCUUGGACGUGCUAGUUGAGAUAAUAUAUGCAAAGCUCCUAGUACUCCAAACGAUGAAAGUUGUGAAUGAUUCAGUGGAUGGUAAAAGUAAUGUUACAAGGUGGAAAAAACAAGCAAAAUCGGAUAGGUCUAAUAUUACUACAAUACCUGAUGUCCAUCCAUCACCAAAAAGAUAA